AUGUUUGUUUAUCUCAGCAAAAAGAUAGCCAUUCCCAAUAAUGUCAAGCUCAACUGCAUUGCUUGGAACAAAGAGGAGGGCUAUAUUGCAGUGGCCGGUACGGAUGGACUGCUCAAGGUCCUCAAAUUGGAUCAGGCUGCUGCCAAUGGCCAAAGUAAAGGUGGCCUGGCCGCCGUCUCCAAUCUGUCCAUGAAUCAAACGCUGGACGGGCACAAGGAGUCGGUGAGGGUGGUCACCUGGAACGAUGCCCAGCAGAAGUUGACCUCCUCGGACACGGAUGGGGUGAUCAUGGUGUGGAUGCUGUACAAGGGAUCCUGGUACGAGGAGAUGACCAACGAUAGGAAGAAGUCCACCGUGGCCAGCAUGAGUUGGACCUCGGAUGGUUCGAGGAUCUGCAUAGUUUACGAAGACGGGGCUAUAAUUGUGGGUUCUGUGGAUGGCAAUCGCAUCUUUGGCAAGGAACUCAAGGGUACUCAUUUAACUGGAGUCCAGUGGAGUCCGGAUAAUCGACUCAUCCUGUUUGCCUUGGCCAAUGGAGAGUGUCAUCUGUAUGAUAAUCAAGGGAACUUUGCUAUGAAACUACACAUCCAGUGCGUGAGCUUAGGUGGGGGUUCCUCCUCCAGGGUUCAUCGCAUAGCCAGCAUCUGUUGGUUUAGUGGUAGGGUAUCCCAGAGUCGGAAACGUCCUGUUUUAGCCAUUUGCUACGAGAACGGAAGGGUGCAGAUCAUGAGGAAUGAAAAUGAUGAUGCCCCCACAAUCUUCGACACUGGAAUGCGCAAUGUGGACGCCAAGUGGAACCAUGAUGGAACUGUCUUAGCUAUUUGUGGAACCACCUUAGAUGCAGUUACUCCACCCUCGCAGCGAGACUCCAACCAGGUGUGCUUUUACUCGCCAAUGGGCAGGAUCUAUAGGACCCUCAAAGUUCCAGGAACCGACAUCACCUCGCUCAGUUGGGAGGGCAAAUCACUUCGCAUCGCCAUGGCCGUGGAUUCUUUUAUUUACUUUGCCAACAUCCGACCGGAUUACAUUUGGUGUUACUUUGAGAAGACUGUGGUGUUUCUGAAUAGUAACUCUAGUACUCGAGAUUCUCCCAUGAGUGUGAUUACCUUUUGGAACACCGUUUCGAAUCAGAGUUUCCUCAAGGAGGUGGAACCCACUUUGUGUUUGGCCUCCAGUAGUGAACACUGCGUUUUGGGAGUGGAGUGUGUUAGUAGCAACAUCAAGGAGAUUGCACUGAGUACUCUGGAGAAUCGGAGUAAUCCAGCGGAUGACAGAGUUUACCAGUUGUUGUUGUGCAACUCUAUAGGAACCACUGUGGAUUCCAAGUACACGGACAUCAGACCCUGCUUUGUGGGCAUCAACUCGAGCUAUGUGGCCAUAGCCUCGCAGGAGGAGAUCCUCAUCUGGCAUUACCAUACCCCCAAGAGUGCCUCCACCCUGCACAGUGUAAAAGCCCGCAAAGAGAAGCGUUUCCACAUCGAUGACACACCCACUGGCGUGGAGAUGGCCAAGGAUUUGAUGUUGACCAGCAGCAGUGAUGGUCACUCCACGCAGCGUGGAAUCAGUGAUCCCAUUUGUGCUUUGGCCCUCUCCGAGAAGCUGCUCCUGGUGGCCAGGGAAUCGGGAGCCAUCAACGAGUACAGCAUAGCCAAUGUGGCGCUGAGGAACCGCCACCUGAUGAACUCCAAGGUCUACAAGAUGGCCAUCAACUGCAAUUCCACACGUGCUGCUAUUAUUGAUCACAUGGGAGUGAUGACCCUGCUCGAUCUGGAUGAUAAUAGGGAGACCCAAUUGAACUUCAGUCGGGUGGAGCGAAAGGACGUUUGGGCCGUGAGUUGGGCCAAGGACAACCCACUGCUCUUGGCUCUGAUGGAGAAGACGAGGAUGUACAUUUUCCGGGGCAACGAUCCCGAGGAGCCCGUCUCCUGUUCCGGCUACAUUUGCACCUUUGAGGAUCUGGAGAUCACUAGUGUCUUGUUAGACGACAUCAUCAGCGUGGGUGAGCUUCAGAACUCAUCGCAUCUUAUCCAACUGAGGGUAAAGUCUUUGAGAGACACUGAUGAUCUUCUGGAGCAUGUGGGUCUGGAGGAUGCCAAGCAGUUCAUCGAGGAUAAUCCGCAUCCGAGGCUCUGGAGAUUGCUGGCCGAGUCUGCCUUGAAGAAACUUGAACUUGAGACGGCGGAGAAUGCCUUUGUGCGAUGUGCCCACUAUCCGGGUAUCAAGUUGGUCAAGAGAUUGAGGACCAUCCACUCGAAAGAACUGCAGCGAGCGGAGAUCUCUGCUUUCUACGGUGAGUUUGAGGAGGCGGAGAAGCUUUACCUAGAUGCAGAUCGACGGGAUUUGGCCAUAGAACUGCGAAUGACCCUCUGCGAUUGGUUCCGUGUGGUGCAGCUGUAUAGGAUGGGCGGAUCGGGGGUAUCGGAUCAGCAAAUGGAGGUUGCCUGGCGGGAGAUAGGCCAUCACUUUGCGAAUCUACGAUCCUGGGAGAGUGCCAGGGAGUAUUACGAGAAGUCUCACUAUCUGGAGGGCUACAUGGAGGCUCUAUAUCACCUAGAGCUCUUUGAUGAUCUGGAAAAGUGUGUGGAAAGGCUGCCGGAGAAGAGUCCCCUGCUUCCCAAGCUGGCCGAGAUGCUGGCCUCCGUGGGCAUGUGUUCCGAGGCGGUUCAGGCUCAUCUUCGCUUUGGUGACCAAAAGGCAGCGGUAUCAACCUGCGUGAAUCUCCGCCAGUGGGGCGAGGCAGUGGAACUGGCCCAGAGAUUCCAGCUGCCCCAAGUGCAGACCCUGAUAGCCAAGCAUGCGGCCCAGUUGCUUCAGGAGGGACGCCUCAAGGAGGCCAUCGAGAUGCAGAGGAAUGCGGGACGUCACCUGGAUGCAGCUCGUCUUUUAUCGCAAAUGGCGGAGAGGGAACAGGAGAAGCGAGCUCCUCUACUGAGGAUCAAGAAGCUAUAUGUUCUGGCUUCUCUAUUAGCAGAGGAGCAUCUCAAGGCAGUGGCUACCCCCGAAAUUGACUAUGCCAGUGGAAGGAAUACCCUUCUAGACUCGAUUGCUCUCGAAGAUGCAGCUGAAAUAGAGAGACUGUGGCACUGUUCCGAGGCCUAUCACUUUAUGCUCCUCGCCCAGCGGCAACUGCGCUUCGGGAUCAUCCACAGUGCGGUGGUCACGGCGGUGCGACUAAGGGAUUAUGAGGACGUACUGCCUCCGGAACACAUAUAUAGUCUAUUAGCCCUGGCUAGCUGUGCUGAUCGGGCCUUUGGCACCUGCUCCAAGGCCUUCAUGAAGCUGGAGCAACUGGGUCACCUGCCGGAGGCGACUCUUCAGAGAUACGAGGAGCUGGCCGCCGGGAUCUUUGCCAAGUAUGAUCCAGAGGAUACCGCUGGGGAGAAAGUGGAUUGCUAUUCCUGUGGAGUGCCAGUUCCAGAUAGCUCACCAUCUUGUCCCGAGUGCAAUGCCCGUUUUCCCGCCUGCAUUUCCUCCGGGAAACCCAUCACCCAGCCCACGAAUAAUAUUUGGAUCUGCACCACCUGCCAUCACUGUGCUGCCCCCACGGAGAUCUCAAGGCAUCGCACUUGCCCACUGUGCCACAGCUUGAUUGUCUCCAUGACUGUGGAAAUCUGAAGUAAAUGAGGUUUAGUUUUGUAUAUUAUAAGAAAUUAAGAGAUAAUCUCAGAGCAAUUUCCCAUUCGGGGCAGGCUAUCGUCUCAGUAAAAUAAAUAAAGGGA